GAUAGGGAUUUCUGAAGGGAAUGCCUAGUAGAUGCAGUUGCCUGUAAUAGCACAUCAGCAGCAGUGCCACUGAAGGCACAACGAGAGUAGGAUCGAACAGCUGACUGCUGAUUGAGGAGGCUAGGAUAGCAGAAGCAAGCAAUGCUGGAGCAGGGAAGGAGCUGGGAGAGAAAAAGCAAGAGAGAGUGAAACCUGGGAAAGCCUACAGUGACCCAAAAGGACUGAUACAGUCAGUUCGGGAUGAAUAAAAUAAGUAGAAAAAGCUCAGUGGCAGUUUACCAAGGCAGGGUGAAAAAGGAAUUGUGCAAGUUCUUUAUUUUUUAAAAAGUAUACCAUUAUUUUUAGUCCUGCAGGACUUCUCUUUGUAAUGUUUCGGACAGCUGCUGUAACAGCACAGAAUCUUUGAAACAGCUAACAGUGCAGAAAGACACCUAGAGCACAGAAUUUGGAACCAUUUGCAUUGUGUGUGUUUCGAUACUGGGUUGCAGUAGCAGCAGCAACAAAAAACAACAGGAGCAGCAUACAAAAAAAUAUUAAUUGUGGGUUGUCGUUUUUCUGUCUUUUAAUACUGAGACAUGUUAGAGAGUGAAACUGAGAACUGUGCAGCCACGCAAGACCAUGGAGAAGUCAAGUAGCGAGGACUCGUCGAUUCGUCGUAGCCCGUCUGUGGAUAGCCGGGACAGUGACUUUGCUAGAGCUUCCACCUCGGGCAGGGAGUUCGGAGGCCGUGGCUUUACAGCUGGUGCUUUUUACGGCUCAACCGGCUCCCGCGCGCAAAGUCACACUGGUGCCGCCACCGCAGGGGCAAAGAGAAAUAAAUACAGUGCGCCCAAAGGCAGCAAGUACGUGGUCUUUUACCUGGAUCUAUCCUUUGUGUUCCUUUUAGAAUUCAAGAAGUGCAACAUGGCAAGGGGCUGUCUCUGCUGUUUGAAGUACAUGAUGUUCCUCUUCAACCUAAUUUUCUGGUUGUGUGGCUGUGGACUCCUAGGGGUAGGAAUAUGGCUGUCGGUGUCACAGGGCAGCUUUGCCACCUUUUCACCCACUUUCCCAUCUCUCUCUGCCGCCAACUUGGUGAUUGCCAUCGGCUCCAUCGUCAUGGUGACCGGCUUCCUCGGAUGCCUGGGUGCCAUCAAGGAAAACAAGUGCCUCCUUUUGAGUUUUUUCAUUGUCUUGCUGAUUAUUCUACUGGCAGAGCUGAUAUUACUCAUUCUGUUCUUUGUUUAUAUGGACAAGGUAGGUGAGAACGCUAAGAAGGACUUAAAAGAGGGACUUGCACUCUAUAACACAGAGAACAAUGUUGGGCUCAAAAACGCAUGGAACAUUAUUCAGGCAGAGUGGAAAUGCUGCGGGGUGACUGGCUAUGCUGACUGGUACGAGGCGCUGAAGGAGACAGCGGUUCCAGACCGCUGCUGUCAGGAGCAUUACCAGGACUGCGGGCGCAAUUCCACCAACCUGUUCUGGCAAAGGGGUUGUUAUGAAAAAGUUGAAGAGUGGCUGGAUGACAGCAAACAUGUCCUCGGCACCAUUGGGAUGUGCAUCUUGGUAAUACAGAUUCUGGGCAUGGCCUUUUCCAUGACUCUCUUCCAACAGAUACACAGAACUGGUAAAAAGUAUGACGCCUAGCACCGCUCCACGCACACACACCCAAGAAGCAUCCACCCUUAUCUGCCAUAAACUCUUGAGAAGAACCAAGUUUAACACCCCACCCCCCAAGACCCACCUCUGCACCACAGCCAGUCCUAACCAGGCACCAAACAACCCCCAGACUGCACAGAUGUUGACUUGAUUUCUCUUGUUUUAUUUGCAUUUGCUGUUUAUUUGCCAAAGAAUGGAAAUGAGAUGGGAAAACACAGAGAAAGAGCAUUGGCUUGAGAAGCGAGCGUGGCACCGCGUGGCUGCCAUUCUCUUUGUUGCUCUCUUGUCUCACUAACAAUUUCCAGGAAAUACAAAACAAAACAGAAAACUGUACUUGCAUUGCUUUGCUAAUACAUUUCAAACUGUAUCUGCAUUGCUUUACUAAUACAUUUCUGAACUGCAGUAGAAAGGGAAAUCCAGCCUGUAAAAAAAAAAAAAAAAAAACUGUAAGGCUCCUGAAGUUUCUGGACUAUUUUGUUAGAAGACUGUUGGAGCCCCCCCCCCCAAUAAACAUCCAGAGAGUAAUAAUGGGCCACUUGGUGUGUGUUUACCUACAGUUUUAUUUUCUGCUUGAUGGGUAACUUUGUAUUUUACAGAGGUAGAUUUUUUUGGAUAUAAUCCUCAGUAUUUUCUUUCUUUUUUUUAAGCAGUUCUGCUUCUUUCAACUAUAAAAUAUACCAAUGUGUGUAUUUGUUUUGUUUGUUUUUAACAUUGCAAGUCACAGGACUGAUUAUAGCGGUGAGUACAGAAAGGAAGAGCAGCAGGUCAGCUGGUACCCCACAUGUCUGGUUUUUAGGAGCAUGUCUCAACCUGGCUCUGCAAUGAGAAGAUCUCACUUUUGAGAGAGUUCAUUCUGCAUAAUAUUGAGCAAACCUUUACAAUGGAUUGUGAAAGAUUAGCAUUCGUCUGUGUAACAUUUCUCUGGAUGUAUGUUUGUAUGAUUCCUCUUCAUUAGGUCUUUUUCAUUAACGGGAGAAACCAUAAUUUCUAAUCCUCUCUCCUUGCCACACUGCAAUGCAAGCACAGUGUUUUAAUCUACAUUAUAGAGCUAUGACCUCCUCUAAACACUAACCCAUUUUGAGUUAGCUGUCAAAGAUGAAGUACAUUUUAUAUCACCCUUGUGACUAUAUAUGACAUUAUAUAGGUCCCAUCCAUGUAUAUGUAUUGAAUUUCAGUAAUUAUCCGACCAUCAAGUUUUUAUCUGAUACAAAAUAUAAAGGACAAAAAAAAGGCAGAAUGAAGAAAUUGUGACCACACUCCCCCUCCUGGGUUGAUAAACCUUGGCAUUGCAAUGCCUUCCGUGUGGAUUUGGCAGUCAAGCCACAUUAAAAGCCAUUGGGUAGAGAAAAGAAGAGCUGAAAUCCAGCAGGUCCAGCAAGAUUGCCAGUGAGGGUUGUAAAGCCAAGCUGUAUUUUGCACACUUUGGCUUUUCAAAGUUUCAUUGGUCUUCUUUAAGUCUUUUUUUAUUUUUUUAUUUGCGGGCCUUUCUGUAAAACAAAUACCACAACACUUGUGCACAUUUCCACAGACAUUCCUGCUAGAAAUCUUGAACAUAUACCUCUAGUUUGAAUGCUGCUUUUAUUUCUAGACCCCCUUCUGGUUCAGUCACAGAAGGGAGGUUGUUUUCUUACUUUUUGCUGCUUCGAGAGGAAAGGAACAAAACAAAGAGAAACACCACACAAAAUGCAACAAGUAGUCCUGCUUCUGUAUCCCCUAACCGUUUGGAAGCAUCUUAAGACAGUUUGGCAUGAAUUUCUAAUUGCAGAAAUGUUUAGAAUACUCUUGGUGUAUCACCUGUGCAGUACCCAAAGCAGAACCUAAAGCAGACCACAAUGUUACCAGCAGCACAGUGGAUACCAGUGGAAUAACAACAUUAGAGUAUGGUACUGUAAUUGACUACCAGCUUGUUAUGGUUAAUGCCAUUUUGAUACUACUGUGGUACCAUUCUAUCAAUGGUCCAUACUAUUGGUACCAUUUCUGCUUGCAUUGCCACUCAAAAUCAGACCACAGCUUCAUUCUCAGGCAGUUCAGAAAAUGUACUGCCUGUUCACCCAGUAUCUACUUUUCUUGCAUUUUGUGUAUGCGGUCAGAAGUUGUGGUUGAAAAUUGGUUGGUUGUUUACUUUCAGAAUUAGGGAAUUGGGACCAGAAGUGUCUUUAGUUCAAGGGGUCAUCCAUAGAAAGCAAAGUUUAAAGAAAAAACAAGAACUCUGGAUGAUGAAAAGACAAACUCUGACACUAAGCAUGUUUUGCUGCUACAUGGAAAGUAAAUGGAAAGUCUGUAAAACAAAGAUACUGUAUUGAAAGCUUGUGGCAGAUGUUUUACACCCUUGAGGCUAAUCUUGCUGGGAUCCAUAAUGUCCAUGGAUACAAAAAAUAAAAAUCAGUAUUAAUUCAUACAUGUCCCUUCUUUAAAAACACUGUGAUACUUUGUGGCAGUAGAGACAGAACUCUUCUGUGGUUUGCCUUUUGCCCAACUGUGGCAUACAAGCUGGCACCUGCCUAUGACCUCUGUGUCGAUUUAAAUGUAGUUUUAUCUUCAACAACCAAAAGAUUGAGUUCUCAACUGCAUCACCAUUUGGUGCAAAACAGAUCUCCCAGUUUGAGCAGACACUUUGAAAUCGAGUGGCAGCUGCAGAUUGCAAGCAACAGUGAAAGUCAAAGCUAACCAGUCCUGAUGUUCAGGUAGACUUUAUAAUCAUCUCAUUAUGAAGUGUGCUGCUUCAUGCACAGAUUCUAAAUGGCAUAUUCAGUUUUCGACUUGCAAAAGAGGUAGCAUUCUUCACUUAAGCAACAUAUUCUAUUGUACAUUCUUUGGCUUUUGGUAAUCAUUGCAAGAUUUUAUAGCAUGCAGGGUUUUUAAAGGAAAAGAAAAACAUAACAGAGUAUUAUAGUAUUUUACAAGUGCUAACUGUUUUGCAAAUAGCAUUUGAACAGAAUAUUUAGCAAUACAAAUAUUGUGUGUAAUAUAUAUAUAUAUAUAUAUAUAUAUAUUACACACACAUGACUAUGACCUAAUUUAGAUAAGGUAAGUCUUUUAUGUGUACUUUGCACAGACUUUCUUUAUUAUUUUUUUUGUAAACCUGAGUUUGGAUGCACUAAACUGGUACAUUAUUUAUAAAUCCAAGGUUUGAAAUGAAUAUGCCAGGAGUAACUGAAGAAGGCAUAUUAGCUAAGUGUUCCAAAUGAUGUCAAGCAGCCUUAAUCUUCUACUAAAAAUAUCAAGCUUUAAGUAAACAGCUCCUUCCAUGCAUACCAAUUUUGAACCUUGGAUGUUUUACCAGAUAUUUUAGUUAUGGGUGGAUACUUGUAAUAAUGAAUCUAUUGUAAACUAUAUGUUUUAGGUUUCCAAAUACCCACUGUGCUCCAUAGGAUUAUGUUAGUGGUCGGUUCGGAGUGCAUUUUAUUUACAUUGUGCUUCAGUCUAGCACAGCUAUUACAGGAUCAGAUCUGAUUCUAGCCAUCAUUUCAAACAGGUGCUGUUAAUCCUUAUAUAUUUUUACCAAAUUGUUCCUUCUUUAUUGUUAAACCAAAAAUAAGUGUGUACAUGCAUUUGUAUAUGCUCUGAAAAAUCUAUAUUUGUAAUAGACUGAUUUCAUCUUUUUCCAUAUACAAUACUAUAGUAUAGUAUAGUAUACUAAACCAGGGCAAUAUUAAACAACUUGAUUGGAUACAUAUUUCCACACUGAUGAAAGUUUGUAGUGUAUUCGCCUUUUUCAAAACUCUUACAAACCUUAGAGAUGUUUACAGGUAUGACUGGAAAGAAAGGGAAUAUGCUUUUAAAAUAACUUCAUCCAGAUAUAGAUGGAUUUUCUCAUACAGGCUUUAAAAUAAAUAAAUGAUAUUAUCACCAAAGACAAAUAUAUAAGAAAGAGAUUUACUGAUAUAUGCUUUUUAUUAUUAUUAUUGAACCAGCAACAAAAUGUGUUCAGGCUGAUCUUUUUUCAAAUAUAAUUGAAAUCUUGCAUAUUGUGUUAUCUUGCAUAUUGUUUUGUAGAUGAAAUGCACUCUGAACUUCUCUGUAAUAGGUGGUGCAAUAAAUAUUUUUAAAGAAAAGUGUAGUCAUAAAAAACCCAAUAUACAUUCAUGCCUUUUGAGUAAAGAUUUUGUUUUUGUUUUUUUUAGAAAAUGAAUGCUUUUUGUUACUGUUGUCGACUUCAUUUUAAAUAAAACUAUAUAUUGAAUUGUAUUUAAUCAUGCUUAACCAGCAAUGACAUUUCAAUUUGUGACUGUGCAACUUGGAGCUUGGACUCUCUGACAUAGGACUGCAGAUAACAUGGUUACUGUAUUAAAAAAAAAAAAAAAAAACACCAGCGAAUGGCAGCCCGACAUGCUGAUCAAGUGUUAAUUUAAGAGUGCAACCACAGAGGAUUACAUUCUUCUUACAGUGUGAAAAAUAAGAGAGAGAGAGCUUUCUACUGAAAUUAGGAAAGAAAUUAUAUCACGUCAUUAAGUUUGCUUAGUAUUUUUACCAUUAGAAAUACACGCAGGAAUAUUUUUGUACCAACUGAUACAUGGCUUAGAUAAACUUGGAACUGUGUUGUGUGUUAGAUAAUAGAGUUUAAUGUGCCAUUCCAUCCAGGUUUUGUUCACACCAGUGUUCCUUCUAUGCAAAAUACCUACUUUAGCCUUUGUACAGAUUAUUUUGUAUUAGUAUUAUGUACUGAAAUAAAGUGACUAGAAACAA